GGAGGAGAGCGUGAAGUGGUUGUUCUGUCGUGUGUGAUGACAGGCGAGAUGUCGGGGUUCGCUGAUUCCUUCAGACGUAUAAAUGUCGCCAUCACUCGUGCACGGCGUCACCUACUGAUUCUUGGCAACACCCGCGCGCUUUCGAAGACCAAACUGUGGGUGGAUGUAAUCCGCAUGUGCGAAG